CAUGGAGCUCCCAUCAUGCACCAAAUCCAGCUGCCCUGCCCCUCCCCCAGCACUGAUGCCGCCUUGCUGCCCUCUGCAGCCCACGACGGCCCGGUCUAUGCCAUGGUCUCCACCGAGCGGCAGCUGCUCAGCUCCGGCAAAGGCGAGCUCAGGGCCUGGAACUGGAGUGACAUCGUCAAGAAGGGGUGCAAGGAAGCCUGGAGCCGCAGACCCCCAUACAGGAGUAGCCUGGAGGUUCCCGAGAUCAACAGCCUUCAGCUGAACCCCAAGGAUAACAGCAUCCUGCUGGCUGGGGGCGACUGCGCCGUGCACGCCAUGGACCUGGAGUCCGGCACCUUCACCCACGAGUUCCGGGGGCACAGCGACUACGUGCACUGCCUGGCGCUGCGGGACCAGUCCCAGGAGUGUCUGUCAGGCAGCGAGGAUGGCACCGUGCGCAUGUGGGAUCUACGCACCGGGGCGCAGGUCCAGCUCAUCGAAGUGCACAAAUACGAGGAAUGCAGCCGGCCCCAGCACGGGAAGUGGAUCCGGUGCCUGGCAACAGACUGUGACUGGAUGGUGUGCGGGGGGGGGCCGGCGCUCACCCUCUGGCACUUGCGCUCCGUGACCCCCACCACGGUCUUCCCCCUGCCCCACUGCCAGCAGCACGUCAUGUUCUACCAGGACCUGAUCCUCUCAGCAGGGCACAGCCCGGCCAUCAACCACCUGCAGAUCAGCGGGGAAGUCAGGGCUCAGAUCCCCUGCACACCCCGCUCCGUCCACUCGCUCUGCAUCAAUGAGCGCUCCCCUGAGCACAAGGUAGGGGGCGCCCCACCUGCGCGGGGGGCUGGGAGUGAUGUGACUCAGAGGGAGGGGCUGAGACCUGGGCUGCUGGGGAACCCGCAGCUGCCAGGGUCUCUGGUGUGGGUGUCUCAGUGGAGACCCCUCAAAAGGAAUGGGGGCGACACCGGCGAUCACGGGGAGAGCUGGCCUGGAUCAGAGAAGGAGCCCUGGGGGUCCCGAUCCUGGCGAGCCUGGGGCUACGCGCAGCAGGAGACGCUGGAGCUGAGUCUGAACGUGGGAGUUUGUGCUGGUCGGGAACAUGUUCCCGAGUGUGGGAAACGGGGAUGGGAAAUGGCCCUUCCCCCACUUCUCCGGCUGGCCGAGGCAGCGAGAGGCUGUGAAAAGUGGGGCUUGGCCCCCGUCUGGGUGUGA